AUGAAGAACGCCUACAAGAAAGUCCGAGUACGUUAUCCAGUCAAGAGGCCCGAUGUAAAGAGAGAGCCUAAGAAGCCAAGCGAGGAGUUCAGGAAGGCUCGCAUGCUUGCGGUCUCUGUUGCUGAGGAGCUGGGAGGGCUCUCUCCGCUUGAGAAGAAGACCAUUUCACUCAUUGAAGCUAAGAACAAUAACAAGGCACACAAACUACUAAGGAAGAGGCUGGGCUCUCAUAAGCGUGCUGGGAAGAGGAUUGAGAAGUUGACGAGGAUGCUUCUGGAGGAAUAA